AUGGAAAUCAAUGCUAUUCAAAAGUGUAUUUCCAAAUUUGAUUGCAUUUCGAUGUCGUCUAUCUGGAUGAAGCUACUCAGAAUGAUUCAUCAGAUAAAUCUAAUCAUCGAGGCACGCCAUGCCACUCUUGAUAUUGAAAAAGAUAACAUUGAAAAUCUAUGUAAUGACAUUCAAAGGUUGCGUGAACAAUUUGAUAAAAUUUUAAAUGAGUCAAAAUUUGUUGCAAGAAAUAUUGGUGUUUCAUGUCAGUUUUUAACUAAUCGUCAUUUUCCAAGUCAAGAUGAUGCUGAGUUGUAUUAUAAAAUCAAUGUAUAUUUUGUCAUCAUUGACUCAAUUAAAUCUGGUCUCGCGCAACGAUUUCAGUCUUUACAAGAAAUUUGUAAACUUUUUGGAUUUCUCUGGGAGUUUAAAAAUUUGAAUGACGAAGAUCUUGUAUUGGCUGCUCAUCAUUUUCAGCACAAAUAUGACAAAGAAAUAUCACAAGAACUUGAAAAUGAGGUUUUAUUUUUUAAAAGAAUCUAUGGUGCUAAUUUUAAACUAGACCGCACAUCAAAAAAAUUGCUGGAAGAAAUACUUGGACUUGGUCUUUCAGGUGUCUUUCCAAACAUUACAAUCGCAUUACGAAUUUUUAUCAGCUUGCCUGCAUCGACGGCUUCGGGCGAACGCACAUUUAAUGUUUUAUAG